AUGCCCCAAGAAAAUGAGCACCGUGUUGAGGACAGCGAGGAGAAGAAGCGUCGACGAGAAAAGCUGAAGAGUGGACUCCAGGCGAUGUUUGCCGCGCAGAGUGCUGGCCCGCAGAAACACUCCGAUGAUGACAGCGAGGAGGACGAACAGCCGCCAGUUCCCAAAGAGCGCCAGGGGGAGCACUCAGCAGAGGAGAUAAUUCUUAAUAUUGAUACCAAGAGCCUGAUGAUUGAGAUCAACAACAUGCGACUAUUCUCUUUGGAUGAGGUGGAGCUGGACAAAUUUACUGAAUGCACCUCACUGUCACUCAGAAAGAACCUUCUUCACGAACUGUCGCCUUUUCCAGAGCACCUCGCUGCUCGUCUCGAGGAGUUGGACUUCUUUGACAACAAGAUUCGCAAACUGAGGGAUUUCUUCACAACCGUCAGGCUUGAGGGGGAGCCAUCGCCAAAGCGGAACGUAGUCAAUGCCUUUGGACGUCUGACCAAGUUGGACCUGAGUUACAACCAGAUACGAGAGAUCAGUGGACUGGAGUCUCUUGCGCCGACGCUGAGGGAGCUGUAUUUGGUGGAAAACAAAAUUAAGGAGAUUAAGAAUCUGGAGCCGCUUGUCAACUUGGAGUUGCUCGAGUUGGGGGGGAACCGGAUUCGUGAGAUUGGACCUGGUUUGGCGACACUGACAAAGCUGAGGCAACUGUGGCUCGGUAAGAACAAGAUAGUAGCCAUUGGCGCAUCGCUCCACAAGUUGGUGUCGUUAGAAAUUCUCAGCCUACAGGCCAACCGCAUCACAAGCAUUGAGGCGGAAAAUUUCUUGGGUCCCGACGCCAACCCUCAGCUACGCGAAGUGUACCUCUCCGAGAACGGCUUGACGUCAAUUCAAAACGUAGAACGUCUUUCAAUGGUACGGAUUAUCGAUUUUAGCUUUAAUCCGAUAUCUUCUAUAAAUGCGGAUGCAAUCAAUCCCCAAACAAUGCCUUUUCUCGAGGAGUUUUGGCUCACGGACGGGAAGGUAGAUAAGUGGGAUGAGGUAGGGAAGCUGAGUGGAUUCAAGGACAGCCUCAAAACGGUGUAUUUGGAGCGGAAUCCAAUUGAAGAAGACAAAAGGUACCGUGACAAAGUGUAUAUGUACCUGCCGUUCCUGGUUCAGAUUGAUUCGUGGCCAAUUGUUAACAAGGGAAACUUGGAAGCCGAUCGGAAACGCAGGGCCUGA